CACUAAAUGUGUUGUUGUUUUUUGUUUGGUUUUUGGAGAUUUGUUGUUUGCGUAGAUGAAUGGCUUAUAAAAUAUGUAAAACCGUUUCAUAGUUGGUUUUUUGAAUGCAUAGUGAGGACAGUACUUCCAGGAUUCCCAGCUCCAAGACCUACGUGUGAAUUUCUUUCUUAUUUUUGUUUAAUUAUCCCAGUAGAAUAUUAUCGCACUAUAACAUGCCGCCAAACUAACGCAAUGCAUCGCCUCACAGGGGAGAUGAUUGCCUUCUUUUUCAAACAGUUUGAUCUGUUUGAUGUUGAAGAAAUCACUGAUGCUAUGGGAAAUAUGCCAGAUUGGAAAAUAUAUAUGCUUACUGGUGAAUGGCCGUGGAGUGUAGACAAACAAUAUUAUAAUGAUGGUGAUGAUGACGACAACGAAAUGGAUAAAAAAAGUAGUGAUGAACGACACAAAUAACUGAAUUCUUUUCAUACACACUUAUAAAGCAACUUACAAUUAAUCUGCAAAACUUGAAUGUUAUAAACAGUAUGAACAGAAAACAUUUUAGACCAUGUCAACCACAAUUGAGGUGAAUUUCAGGAAACAAGUGGGAAGUCGAUUAAUGGUUUCGGUUAAAAGAUCUCUGACUUUGGUGUGAGUUUCCUAACCAUAUAUCCACUAGAUCGACAACACAUUCUGGUUAUGUACGAACUAAAAAGAAAAGGAGCUCCUUCUUAUUACAAUUAUACUGUCGGCAUCUUGAUGAGCAACCGACGUUUGCUGACAACGGACAUAAAAUAAUUAAAUUAUCAAAUCAUUUACCAAAUGGAGACAACACUUUAACUACAAAAUGCUAACAUGCGGACGAAAAUGAACGCAUUUGCCAGUUAGUUUUCUCCAUCAGAUGAUUACAUCAUUUGACUCUUUAAACUAGUUAACCCUUGUAGUGGCAAGAGAAUUUGGCAAUUUUGAUAAGCUUGAUAGAAUACAAUGUAUUUUUUAGUUUUGCGUGAC